AUGACGUAAAUCAAGGGGAUAAUAUUACGUAAGACGCACGUAUACUUUAUGCUUGGAUAUGUUCAAGUACUUGUGGACGAUAUUAUACAUCGAGCCAAAAUCUUCGUCAAAAUGGCUCUCUUUUGUUUGUAAUAAAUCUACCUCGAGAUCUAUCACCAGCAGAUCUAACACCAAAGGAGCACGAUAUUAAAUAUCUUGUUAAAAUGUCAAACGGCGCACGGCCCACUUUGGAACCGCCGUUGCCACGACGGAAGAAAUGCCCGGAGCUCGCGUACAAGACGCACGAGUUCAUCACGGCGGCCGAUGGAGGUGGCAUCGAUGCCGUCGAUUCGAACGUCGUAGCUGACAAAGUUCGGGAAGUUACAACGCAGUCGGGCUUGCCACCGAGUCAAUUGAGCAAAGCGAUCUCGCGGAUCAGCACCGAGUAUCGGCUGCAGUUCGCCUGGCCUAGAAGACCUCAGCUAACGAACGGCGAGACAGUGGCACCGGGAGUCACGGCCGCGGGAGUUCCUGCAGGUACGACCGGACCACCUAGAAAGUCUCUCAGCAUGGGAGCUCUUAAGCAGGGUAUCGCCCCUACAGGACCCGCCCCGGUUCACAAGAAACGACCCGGUGAUGUGGAUCACAAGCGUGACGGGGUAAAAAGUCAGGUAGAACUGUAAGGAUAUCGGAUGAUAAGGGGCUGAGCAAACCACAGGAGAAACCGUUUCCUACCGCCGAAGUCAUCGAGCUUAGACGACUCGCUGACGAGUACAAGGUCGGUGACGAAGGAAGAGAAAGAAAAGGAGAACACGAGGAAGGUCGCCCCGAUUACUGCCACGAUAACUAUGCCUCCUGCUGGCCGACCAUCUUCGGUACAAGCUAGACCCAUUCAUGGAAUUUUACAGGACGAUUCUAAAGCGGUGACGGCGCACUGCUUCCCUCUCCAACGAGAGAGAAGCUGGAGCCCGUGAUACCACGGCGUCGGGAGGAAACGAAGGAGCACCGUGAAGAGAUCCAGCCUAAGACUAAAUCAAGUCCUAAGAACAGUCCGAGAACUGGUCGUUCUCAAAGCCUUGGUCCCACUGUGACUGAACGUCGAUCACCUAAACGUCAACCACCGCGUGCACCGUCCGUCACUAAAGACGCCAAGCCUUCCUCGCAACCACCGCUCCCCCCUAUCGACCCCUUCAUCACGUGAAACCCUCAACUACCACCACAACCACCACCACAAUUACCACAACCACUAUUACUACAGCCACCACCACCACUAUAAACACGACAAGUACAAGCGUAAAACCCCCGGUAAAGCAUUCGGUUCAUACGAGUGUCCAUCACCCACCUACGUCGAGCGCUGCUGCUGCGGCCAGGCCAGACCGUGUUAAAGAUAUAAGCCGGUCCCACCAAGGUCCGAACGAGGCUCAGGCAAAAACCGGCCGCGACCAGACAGCUGCGGCUGCGGCCGCAGCCGCCGUCGCCGAUCCAUCCAAAUCAUCCUCUGAUAGUCGAUACGCGUCAAACCAAGCCGCUACUGCCGUCCAACCUAUGACGGCAGAACCUCAGGUAAACGGGGACGUGACCGGAGGGGAGUCGAGCGUCACGUCGACGCCACCGUCGCAAACGCAGUCGCAACCGCCGGUCUCAGCUACCGCGGCAAGCCCGUGGAUCGACGACGAGCCGGUUGUGAAAAGCCCGCCAGAACCAACCAGGGUAAAAUCGCCGGAGCAGAUGAUCAUGCGCUCCCCGGAACCGGUCAACUGGACCGUGCCACUGGACACCGGGAAAACGUUCACUGUCACUCAAAACGUCAGAGAAGAACCCCUAACGCGUCCGCAUAGCGAGGCAAAGAGCUGGGCACCUUCGUCGGUUCCGUCGGCCCCGCAAUCCGCACCACCCGAAUUAGCGGCACAGCACAAGUCGCAACACUCCCAGCAUUCCGGAUACAAGUCCCCAGAAAGCGAGAGCGUUUCUAUCGGUAGUUUUAGCGGCUUGAACGGACACAAGGACAUGGAUUCCGAAAGGGACAGUCCGUUACCUUCUAACAUUCAGGCUGCCGGUACCACCGCGCAAGAAACUUCGGUCCACAAAUUGCAGGAAUCAGGCGGUACCGAGGAAGAGUCGAAAGAGCAACAAAAACCGGAACCAUCGAUAAAACCAGUGCCAGGGACGAGUUUAAGAUGCUUGGAGGACCCGGGCUUCGAAUACGAUAGGAAAAAGGAGGGAAGU